CUUUGAUUGAUUGUUUCUUUCGUAAUUAACUAAAUCUAAUUAGACUGAUGGUCAGAUUUUACUGGCCAACGAAAAGAUACUCAACAAAUUGGUGUAGAAAUAGUUUCAAGUGUAUUUCUACAAUUAGAGUUCUCGGAAUUGAAUCAACAUGUGAUGAUACCUGUGCUUCUGUGGUAACAAGUGACCAUAAAAUUUUGUCCGAUGUUCGUUUCUCACAAUUACAAUUACAUGUUUCAAGAGGAGGAAUUUUACCAAUUACCGCUCGAUCGAAACACUCGCUGGCCAUUAACGGUGUGGUCAAGGAAGCACUGGACAAGGCUGAUUGUUCAAUAAACGAUAUUGAUGCAGUGGCCAUUGCACAUAAACCUGGUCUCAUAUUGUCACUUCAAAUUGGCGUUGAUUAUGCUCAGCGAUUGUGCCUCAAGUAUAAUAAGCCACUAAUUGGAAUCCAUCAUAUGGAAGCUCAUUCACUUACCGCUCAUCUAAGUCAACCUGAUAUUGGUUUUCCAUUUUUAUCACUUCUAAUUAGUGGUGGACAUACAAUGUUAGUUCUGGUCAAGAGUAUUAAUCAAUUCUAUCUUCUAUCUGAGUCCAAUAAUUCACCGGUAGGUGAAUUUCUAGAUAAAAAAGCUCGAUUGUUGAAAAUUCGUAACCUAGGUCCACCUUAUGAUUCAGUUUCUGGUGGUCAAGCCAUCGAAAUGUCCGCUGAAAAGGGUGACCCAUUGAGAUACACACGAACAUUGGGUAUAGGUAAAUGUGGACAUUUCGACUUCGAUAUACCGGGAUUACGAGGUUUCUGGGACAGUAAAUUGCGAACAAUACGAAAAAGUCAUCCCAAUCUUCCGGUUGAUUGUCCAUUACCAGAAAUUUCCGAUAUAACCGCUGGUAUUCAAAGAUCAAUUGUUAUCCAUCUUAAAAGCCGAAUCAACAGAAUAAUUAAAUAUCUAGAGGCAACUAAUUUGGUUAAUAUUGUUACACCAAGUAAUUAUCAAUCAUUACAAUUAGAUGAUAUUCCAAGGAAAAUUGAUUACAUUAAUCCAACACCAGUGAAACUUAAAUUGGUUGUCAGUGGUGGUGUUGGUUGUAAUAAUUACAUUGUUAACAAUUUGAAAAGUUAUUGUGAUCAAAUGGAUACAUUUUAUGAUGAGACAAAAAUAGAGGUAGUUGCCCCUUGCCCGAGGCAUCUUUGUACAGACAAUGGAGUUAUGAUUGCCUGGAAUGGUGUUUUAAAAUUAAUUGAUAACCAUAAUGAUGAUAAUAAUAAUAAUAAUAAUGGAGAUGAUGAUAUUAUUUUGUUAAGAGAAAAGGAAAUCAUGUCAUUGGAAGCAAUUUACGAAGCCAAACUUGGAGUGGACAUUAGACAAUUAAUUGAUACCUCGUGGAUUAACAUUGCAAGAUAAAAAUACAAUUAGUAAGAUGAAUAUAUAAAUGGCGAAGAGCAAUUCCAAUUAAUUAAUAUGUUUACAUCAUUAGUUUUGAUUGAAUUAUGAAGCCAAAUUAUCAUCAAUCUGUUUCCUAUUGAUUUUUUAAGUGUAAAUUUACACUCACUGAUUAAAAUUAACACACACACAUUUUAAAUCAGAGGUAAAAGUUAUUAAAAAUCACCCAAAGUUAAA